CUCGGUUGGCUGUCGCUGGUUGUAGUGUAACUCAAUGACUUCCAGUCCCAACAAGAGAACCUAUAGUAACACGAUCCACGAGCCUUGGAGGCCGGUCUCUGCAUCACAAUGUAUUCCGUGGUUUGCUGUAUUAGGCACUGAAUGCUUGACCAUAGUUAUCCUCAAUGUUAUCAUCAUUAUCGUAUUUGUGAAGCAGCGACAGCUACAGCGCCGGAGUACAUACUUGAUCAUCCACCAGACCAUAGUCGAUCUCUUGGUCGGGCUGGUGUCCGGUCCUCUACUGAUUGAAAUGUAUGGAAGCUGGUAUUGUGGUCUGUGGAAGGAUCGUUAUAUCGCUUGGUUAAGUAUAUUGAGAGUUGCGGGAAUACAAUUCAUUGCAGUUUCCCUUCUUAGCCUCGCAGUCAUUUCAUUAGAACGAGUACACGCUACUUUUCGUCCUUAUAAGCAUCGCUUUAUUAAGAAAUGGGUCUAUGGAAUGAUAAUAACAGUCAUUUGGUUAGUGCAUAUUUUCCUGAUGACUAUAGCUAACCAUACUUAUUUCCACGUCAGUUCUGAUUUAAUGUAUUUCUCAUAUUUUUUUACCUUGGUUUUUUUUGUCGUUAUAUGUUAUAUUUCUAUCUAUCUCAAAGUCCGUUGCAGUAAUCAUCCUCAACACCAUGGAGCAGCCAAUCUGAGGGAAAGAAAACUGUCGAGUACAUUAUUUCUUGUUUCCCUUUGUUCGUUAAUAACGUUCCUACCGUUAAUUGUCUACUGGGGCUGUGUAUUGUUUUCUACUGCCAACUUUUCCAUUCAGUCGGCAUUUCCUUUUCUGAUGGUAAGAAUAACCUUUGCGGGUGCCAACUCACUGAUAAAUCCUCUAGUUUACGCAAUAAGAAUGCCUGAGGUAAGAAGAGGCAUAUUACAAAUAAUUUUCCGCCGGGCUUCAAAUCGUGUUAACCCAGUAAAUAUCCAACUUCAAAAUCUUGCACGGGGCAGAAAAUGUUAAGAAAGAAUGAAAAGCAGGAAGAAUUUUUACUGAAUUAAUUUUGCUUUCAAUGCUGUCAGACUUUUUUAAAUUUCACUGACAUGUAAAAAACUCAGUUAUUAGAGGAAUAGAUGUCUCUGCAUGUAAUAGAAGUAUUUAUUUCUUCACAAUUAUAAUAUGAAAAUUUCAUAUCUUUUGUUACAAAGCGAAACGUCAUAAAAAGUAGUAAAAAGGUAAAGAACAUUUAAAAACAAUUGUAUUUUAAAAUUAGACGAUUUAUAUAAUGUUUAUAACGGUCUGUAUUCAUUUGAGGGUAAUGACAUGAUUUGUUUUUUGAGUUAUCUUUCGUCUCCUUUUUCUACGGGAUUAAAUGUCUAACCUUGCCACUUUAUUGAAUAUUUAUCUUGUCCUGUUUUCUUUGAAGUUCAUGGAAGUUAGUGGCCCCAGACAUUUAUUAACGCCUUCUAUCCCUUCGUAGAAAUCUCUGAAUCGUGCCGAAGAGCUCUUUAGAAGCAUCAUACUCUGAAAGAUCGAACGUAAUGUUAGAAAGAACUAAACUGGUAGAAAGGUAGUCCCAUUAUUCCAGAAGGAAGUACA